CACUUUUUUUCCUUAAAUCGAAGUUUUUGUUUUUAUAGCAGACCUGCACACCGCUUGGGACUUCAUCGGACUCUCUCAAAACCAAAACAAAACGCUUUGAACUGCGCAUCGGGCGGCCUCCUCCUCCUCCUUCCACUCGUCUUCAGUCCGCCUUUUGAGCUCGUCCACCAACUUGCGCACCCUGUCCAGGAAUGUCGGAGAGUGGGUGGCUGGCUUGGUGCGUUCCCCAGCAGCCGAGCAGCAAGCUCGUCGUUCCCUGCAUGUUCCUGCUGAUGGGUUACACGCUCAUGGUUGUGCCGCUGCUGCAAGAGCGAGUCAUCCUGCUAGAGUGCAACAGCUACUACACUGAAAUUGGUCGGAACAUGACGCCGCCAUUUCCUAUCGUCGACCCGGACGACAAGCGAUGUCGCGACUCGACAAUUGAAUCGCGAGCAGCGACCGUCUCCAUGUAUCUCGCCAUCGUCGUGGGUGUCAUGUCUGUCUUGACCACAGGCACCCUUGGUGCCAUCUCUGACCGUAUUGGGCGUCGGCCGGCCAUGCUCAUCCCGCUUGCUGGCGCCAUGCUGCAAGCCUGCGGCCUGAGUCUCACCCACUACCUCGAUGCUUCCUAUCCAUAUCUCUUCAUCCCACAAGCCAUCUACGGCCUCAUGGGAGGUCCUUCUGCCUUCCUGAUGGCCACUUUUGCGUACUCGGCCGACUGCUCCAACCCUGCCAAGCGCUCCUCUGAAAUUGGCAUGCUCGAGUCUUCCUUGUUCCUCGGUGGCACCAUCGGCCCGCUUCUUGGAGGGUAUCUGAGCUCGGCCUAUGACAUGAAUGUGCCGCUGUUCGUCUUUGGUGGUCUCUUGGUCCCGGUGGUGAUCUGGAUUGUCAUCAUCCCAGAGUCGCUCACCCCAGAGCGUCGGGUGAGCGCGAUUCAAUGGCGACGCGCCAAUAUUUUUGGCGCCCUGUCCAUUCUGCUUUCUGCGAACAGCUACGGCGAUCGUUGGAUUCUCCCUGCGCUUGGCGCCUCUUUUGCCAUGAUGUUCAACAGCGUGGUUGGUUUUGCGAGCGUCAUGGUGUUGUACACCAAAUUAGAGUUCGACUGGGGUCAAUCGACCAACGGCUUGUUCAUGGCUGUGAAUUGGCUGAUCAAAGGUCUCGCAAUUGCGAUUCUCCUCCCCUUCUUGCUCUUGAGGUGCCGCAAGUACGUCACAGAGGCACGAAUCGCUCUCGUGUGUCUUAUUUGCAUGAUGCUUGCCUUUUUGCUGUAUGCGUUUGCGGUCAACACUACCAUGUUUUUCAUGAUCUCGCUCGUCGACGCUAUUGGCUACAUCGCAGUCCCCGUGAUGCGAGGGCUGUUUUCGAUGAAUGUUCGUGUGGACCAGCAGGGCGCCGUGUUUGCUGCGAUCGCGUCGAUCGAGGCCAUUUUCACCGUCGUCAGCCCCGUUCUAUUCAACAGCAUUUACUCGGCCACCACAGACUCGCAAAGCAACGCAGCUUUGCUUGUGAUGGCCAGUGGCAUCGUCAUCCCACUCUUGCUGGGCAUUUACCUCUUGCGAACAGACCGCAACACACGAACCUUUGUCGCCAAGGCCAGCACGUACACUGGCGCGGAUACCGAACCACUGCUCGCCGAGGAGGCAAAGCCACGGCCAUUCAACCUGUCGGGCGAGUACGAGCAUGCAGGCUAUGUCGAUCCUGGUCGCUUCCUCGACUCGGACAGCCCACGAACCAGCCUUGUUUCAAACGGCAAUCGCAUUUCGACGGACAGCGUUACUGAUGCGUCGCUGUACAGCAGCCGGUCGUCGCGAUCAAGAGUGGCCUUUGGGAACUCUGCAAGGGCAAGUGGAUUGGAAGAUGUUGCAUCCUGGGAGGGCAAUAUCAACUCUUCUCCGCAAUUACCCUCCACGCGCGACUCGAGCGUCUGGGAUUGAGCUCUCAGCACUCUCGGAUUUAUUUUGGGAUUGUUUCAAAAUGUGCAGUGCAUGCAAUAUACAAAUUAUUGAACUGGA